AUGUGGUUUUCUAAUUUUGUGCCGAGCACUGAGGGGAUUUUACUCUCAUUUUUUUUUAUCCUUUUGAUCGCAUACUACCUCAAAAACAGGAAUCCAAUAAAUUUUCCGCCUGGACCUUUUGCUUUACCCUUCCUCGGGAAUCUUCAGUUUAUUGACAAGAAACAUUUGCAUCUUUACUUCGCUGAGCUGGCUGAAGUCUAUGGGGACGUGUUCAGUUUCUGCUUCGGCAGGGAUAAAAUGGUAAUGAUCUCUGGAUACAAGAUGGUAAAAGAGGCUCUGGUGACACAAGCUGACAACUUUGUGGAUCGACCAUACAGUGCCCUGGCUGACAGGUUUUACUCGGGACCCACAGAGGGUCUGUUCAUGAGCAACGGUGGAAAAUGGAAGACACAGAGACGCUUUGCUUUGUCUACAUUACGAGACUUCGGCCUGGGGAAGAACCGCAUGGAGCAGUGUAUCUGUGAGGAGAUCCGAUACCUGCAGGAGGAGAUAGAGCAGGAGAAAGGUAAACUUUUCAGUGCAGCAGGCCUCUUCAACAAUGCUGUGUCUAAUAUUGUUUGCCAGCUGGUGAUGGGGAAAAGAUAUGAUUACAGUGACCACAACUUCCAGCUCAUGCUGAAGUAUCUGUCUGAGACUGUUCAGCUGGAGGGCUCUGUAUGGGGUACGCUCUAUGACUCUUUCCCUGGAGUGAUGAAGCUUUUGCCAGGUCCUCAUAACAAAAUGUUCAGCUAUUUCGACAUAGUCAAAGAUUUCAUCGCUCAGGAGAUAAAGAGCCACAAGAAGGACCUGGAUCACAACAAUCCCCGAGACUACAUCGAUGCUUUCCUCAUCAAAAUGGAGAAUCUCAAUGAAUCUGACCUGGGCUUCACUGAGACCAACCUGGUUAUGUGCUCUGCUGAUCUUUUCCUGGCUGGAACAGAAACAACAGCCACCACUUUGCUGUGGUCUCUGGUUUUCCUGAUCAGACAUCCUGAUAUCCAGGAGAAAGUACAGGCAGAGAUAGACAACGUGAUUGGACAAACUCGCCAGCCUUCCAUGGCUGACAGACCAAAUCUGCCCUACACUGAUGCCGUCAUCCACGAGAUUCAGAGGAUGGGAAAUAUUGUUCCUCUCAAUGGACUCAGAAUUGCCGCCAAGGAUACAACCCUGGAUGGUUACCACAUACCCAAGGGUACCAGUGUGUUGCCUGUACUCACCUCUGUGCUGUUUGACAAGACUGAAUGGGAGACUCCAGACACCUUCAACCCAGGACACUUCCUGGAUGCUGAUGGGAAGUUUGUGAAGAGAGAAGCAUUCCUACCUUUCUCUGCAGGGAAGCGUGUGUGUCUUGGCGAAAGCCUCGCCAAGAUGGAGCUGUUCCUGUUUUUUGUCGGCCUGCUGCAGAAGUUCACUUUCUCUGUUCCUGAUGGAGUGGAGCUGAGUACAGAGGGAAUUUCUGGAAUUACACGUGUGCCUGAACCCUUCAAGGUUCACGCCAAAACUCGCUGAAUUAUGAAAAAUCUUUCCAGUUAACCAACAUGUAACAGUCUAAGACUGUUAGCCGUCAUUAAAGUAAUUUGAUAAAUGUCUGUUUUUUGUAACCAUGCGUAGAGGGUCAUCACUGUAUGAUUGCUGCCUUUAAAAUUGACCGAUUCAUUUUUUUAUCCGUACAUUUGAUUCAGUGUGAACCAGUUAUGUUCCCUUAACAAUAUUCCUUCAGUACCAUUAUUAUUAAGAA